AUGCCUGCAGCACAGAAUCCCAUCAAACCUUUGGGCAUCAUACUCGCCCAUGGCGGGUUCCAUCAACCAUCUUGCUUUGACCUUGCCAAAGCCCGCCUUGAAGACGCUGGCUUCUCUCCCGUCAUUGCAGUUCGACACCCCAGCGUGGGAUACGACACCAAGAUUACGGUAGAUGAUGACGCUCGUAAUAUUCAGGCCGAACUGGCGCCGUAUUUGGAGCAGGGCAAGGAGUUUCUUGCCAUUGCCCACUCUUACGGCGGCACCCCUCUGACUAUUGCAGCACGGGGCCACUCAGUAGCUGAGAGAUCUUCCCAGGGCAAGAAUGGCGGUAUUCGCACUCUUGUUUACUUGACAGCGAACGUGCCUGCCAAAGCCGGUGACAGCGCCCUGAGCGUUCUUCCACCAGGUAUCGAUAUUGUCGAUGUGGCUGAUGGACUUAUGUCAGCAAAUAGCAAAGCCAAGUCUGCUUUCUACGGUCCUGAUAUGCCAGACGAAGUUGCAGAAGAGUGCAUGGCAUCCUUGCUGCCCAUGUCUCAAGGAGCGCUGGCGGGUCCUGCAUCUAUCGGGGGAGACACCGUUACUAUCCCAGCUUACUAUAUCAUUUGCGAGAAAGACCAGACGAUAGCCCCCGCUACACAAGAACAUAUUGCCUCAACUAUCAAGUCGCUGAAGAGAGUUCUCCGGAAUCCUGGUGGGCACUCGGCUUUCAUCACGGAGGUUGACAAGUUGGUUGAGCAAAUCAACGAAAUUGCAGGCGAGGGGAGUACAUUUGGGGUUGCAAUUGCUAUUCAGUGGCGCUAA